AUGAAAUUCUCUAUCACCUUUAUCACCCUCAUCUCUACAGUUCUCGGCCAACUGGGCAAUAUUCCGUCUUGUGCAGUCAAUUGCAUCGAACAGUCGGUAGUCAAAGUUACUGGUUGUGGUUCAACAGACGUCGACUGUGCCUGCCCACACUUUGAUGAUAUUGAAAAUGACGCCAUUCCUUGUGUCAUCAGUUCCCAAGGCUGUGGCCCUGAUGCAAACCAUGACCAAAUCGUUGCUGCUGCUCAGGCCCUUUGUGCGGGCCAUGAAUGA